AUUUUCUGAAGCACGAAGGCUGUUGCCAUUUCCACUGGUCUCAUCUUGAAAAUGUAUCAAAGUAAAACAGCAAACAGGCAUUACUUGCUCUGUCCACGCUGUCUCAAAACGCAAGCAAACCUGUCUGUCCAUUUGCGGAGGGUAUGCUUGAAGGAUGGCUCUGAUGCAGAUGUUAAUGCCAUUGUUGACAAAGCAAAGCACGAUGCAGCUGAGCUCCUACAGAAAGGCAGAAUUUUCAAAUAUUCAGAUCUCACUGCAAUUACGUCAGAUGAAAAUACACUCAAAAGACUGGUUGAGGAGCUGAAACGUCACCAUUUGGUUGUGACUGGAGAACCCUGCCCCCCGGCAGAAGCCAACACCGAGCCUGCAACGUCUACUUCAGAGGAAAGCAGCUCUGCUGCCUUAGGCGAGGGAAACAACUGUGACUCUUCCAGGGAGAGUGCAAGUAGCAGUAGUCCCAACAGAAAGACCCGUUCUGGUACUGCUGCCAAGUCAAAGUCUGAAUCAGCAUUUGACAUCCUACAAAAAACAAUUGCUGGGCCUAAACCACACAGGUCCACAUCCACUAGGCCAACCACGAGCCUUCUUGAGUGUCAUCAGGAGGCUCCUGAUGACAUUGCUGAUGAGGCUCCUGAUGAAACUCAAGAAAACAUUAAAGGAGCAAAGUAUUCUGCAGCUGUGAAGCAAUCCAUGUAUGAAAAAGGCCUUUACAAUCGACAUUCUCUGGAUCACCCACUUCUUCAAGCCUUCGCCAUGCACCUGAACAAAGAAAAAAACAUUCAAAACUACAAACAGGAGGUUGAAAAUGUUUCCCGGUUUCUAUAUUUUGUUAACAACGAGGAAGCAUCCCUGCAGUUUGUCUAUCAGAGACAGAAACUGGAUGUUUUCCUCAAGGAAAUCACUGGCCUGACUAAGAGAACACAGUCAAAUUACCUCAAGUCCUUGAAAAGAUUCCUGAAUUUUCACACGGACAGAACCAACCUUCAUAGUAUGGAUGCAGACCUCCAUGAAGAGUGCACAGAAUAUAGUCGUGUCCUCACAUCUACGCUGAGACUCCUGAGCAAGCAGGCAAAGAAGGAGAUCUUCCAAAAAAGGCACGCCUUUCUGAUGGACGAAAAUGCGUUGACAACUGAAGACUGUCAGGUUGUAUUGGUCCAGGCCAAGGACCCAUUCUUGGCAUGUAUGGAUAAACUGUCUGAAGAUGAUGCUGACGCAUUGAAUACUGCAGAUAAAACGCUUGUGUUGUACUACCUUGAAGCUGUUGUGAUUCUAGGACACGUUCAAAGGCCGAGUGUCGUGCAGAACAUGACUGUGAGUGAGUGGUUAUCCAGGGACAAAGCCAUCUCAAAAGAGACAGGUGAGCCACUUUGGGUAGUCGGAGUAAAGGAACACAAGACAUCAACGCAACAGGUGGCGACAUUUGCGCUGUCAAAGGAGGAGGAGCACUGGUUUGAUUUGUACUACAAACGGUUGCGCCCAGUCUUCCAGAGGGCCGCCAGGAAACGAAAGAGGGAUGAGGAUGAGACGGAUCCAAAAGAUUUCUUCUUCCUCUCCAGCGUAGGGAAGCAGAUUCACCGCCCCUCAACUGACCUGAGCCGGCUGGAAAAAAAGUUUGCUGUCCCAGCGGUGACCAGCCAGAUGGCCCGCAGAUUCUAUGAGACUGCAACAAAGGACAUGCCCAGUUCAUCAAAAACAUUGGUGGCCAGUUACCUUACUCAUACCAAUGCAACAGCAGAGCAGCAUUACCGCUACAAGACAACUGAGAAUAUGUUAGAGGGCAAAAAAAAUUUGACUGCUUUAGCUGUUGCAACGUCUUCUUCAGAGGAAAGCAGCUCUGCUGCCCAGGGAAACGACUCUGACUCUUCCAGGGAGAGAGCAAGUAGCAGUAGUCCCAACAGAAAGACCCGUUCUGGUACUGCUCACAAGUUAAAGUCAGAAUCAGCAUUUGACAUCCUACAAAAAAAGUUUCCUGUAACAAUUACUGGGUCUAAACCACACCGGUCCCUUUUGGAGGUGGAUGACGUUAGCUGGCGAAAAGCAUAUAAAUAUUGGCUGCAUGGGCAGCAGAAACUACGACAAGAAUACGUUCGCUCAAAAUUCCCUUGGCGUCAACCAUCAACAAAGUCUCUCCAAAAGUUGAUUAAAAAUCAGGGAUGGGAUGGCACAACAAACACCAUGCAACUUCUCCGCAGGUGGAUACCCUCUGGAUCUGGUGAAAAUAUCAUGGACUGCACAGCAAUUCAGAAACUUGAAAAGAAUCAGAGAUGGAAAGGACUUCGUACCCAACAAUCUGAAGGGCAGGGCACAAGCGUCAUGGCAAAACGCAAGUUUCGUGUUGGUGAAGUGGUGUGUGACUACCAUGCGGCUGUUGUCACAGUAAGUGAUGGCAAGGAGGACAGCAGAUGUGAUAGCCACACCAAGCAGCCGCCAGGCAAAUUAAUCAAGUACUCCGAAAAUAACUCAAACGUAACGCCCAAACAUUGCCCUUUGGUAUUGAAUGGAGAGAAAAUGCAUGUGACUCUUUUUCUUGCAACCAAGAUUAUUUCUACAGAUGAAGAGGUGUUGCUCCCUCUUAGUUUCAAAGGAACUCUUUGAUUGACUCUUAAAGCUUACAGGGCAUCUGCCUUCAGAGACACGUAUGACAUGUCCCUGUUUGGUGAAAUGUUUCAUAUGUGUUUUUGUUAGUGCUGAUGGCUUGUUCAGGGAAAGCUUGUGUAGCUUAAAAUUGAGGAUUUUUUCUAACUAACUUGGUUUUGUAUUGUACAUGUGAUAAAUGUUUUUUCUGUUGUGAUUCUAGGACACGUUCAAAGGCCGAGUGUCGUGCAGAACAUGUUUGAUUGACUCUUUGAUUGACUCUUAAAGCUUACAGGGCAUCUGCCUUCAGAGACACGUAUGACAUGUCCCUGUUUGGUGAAAUGUUUCAUAUGUGUUUUUGUUAGUGCUGAUGGCUUGUUCAGGGAAAGCUUGUGUAGCUUAAAAUUGAGGAUUUGUUCUAACUAACUUGGUUUUGUAUUGUACAUGUGAUAAAUGUUUUUUCUUCAAGUAAAGGCUUGU